GAAAUCUAUAAGAACAAUUUUCUUUGUUGUGUUACUCGGGAAAGUCUUAUUAUUCUCAUUCUAAUGUUUGUCCUAUGAUUUGUAUGUUGAUUUUAUUUUCUUACACUCUGUUUAUGAUACACCAUUGUCAUCCUAAACGCAUUUAAAUAUCAAAUCCUCUUUCUAGAGACCGCUCCAGCAGUUUUUCCUUCAGUGAAAAAGAAACGGGAACUGUACCACAAAAUUUUUAUUUUAUUUACAGUUAUUUCAAAUUCUUUAAUUUAUAUAUAUAUAAAAGAAAGAAACCACUUCGCUAGAUACUCUUCUUCUCUGUAGCCUAUAUCGGCUUCCCGAAACGGGAAGAUCAACUUUGAAAAUGGCUAUUUCUGAGUCUCCCAAGAACCCAGUGCUUCAUCAGGAGAAAGUUAUAGUUCAAAACAAACACGGUGAAACUCUCCUAGGCGUAUUGCAUGAAACUGGAUCUAGGGAAAUUGUAAUCUUAUGCCAUGGUUUUCGAUCCACAAAAGAAGACUGUAUCAUGGUGAAUCUUGCUGUUACUUUAGAAAAAGAAGGGAUCAGUGUAUUUCGUUUUGACUUUGCUGGGAAUGGGGAAAGUGAAGGUUCUUUUCAGUUUGGUAACUAUUACAGAGAGGCCGAUGAUUUGCAUGCUGUGAUCCAGCACUUCCGUGAAAUAAAUCGUGUAAUUAAUACAAUUCUUGGGCACAGUAAAGGUGGAGAUGUGGUCCUUUACGCGUCUAAGCAUCAUGAUAUCGACAAUGUUAUCAAUGUUUCUGGUUGCUAUGACUUGAAACGAGACAUUGAAGAACGCAUAGGAGACAAUUUUAUGCAGAGAAUUGAGAAGGAUGGAUUUGAUGAUGUAAAGAACAAAAUAGGCAGUGUUGUAUUCCGUGUGACUAAAGAGAGUUUGAUGGAUUGGCUAACUACAGAUAUGCAUGAGGCAUGCCUUAAGAUUGAAAAAAAAUGCGGGGUCUUAACUGUCCAUGGAGAUGCCGAUGAGGUCAUUCCUGUGGAAGAUGCUAUGAAGUUUCACAAGAUCAUACCAAACCGCAGACUACAGAUUGUAGGAGGAGCAAAUCAUGGAUACACUUCACAUCAAGCUGGAUUAACGACAAUUGUUUUGAACUUCAUUAAAGCUGCAGUGUGGCAAUGGUAUUUUGAAAGCUCACAACGAGGAAACCAGUAUGGCAUUUCAUAAAAUAUUAUCGGUACCAAUGGGUCAUUUUUAGUUUUAGAAAAUUGUUGACAGUUUCCUUGUUGUAUGGUAGUUGACAAGUUGUAUGGUUAAGGUGAUAUAAAAGGCAAUGAACCUUGCUAAAAGGACCAAGUUUUAUGGAAUUAUAAAUUUUUGCCUUAUGCAAUGUAGACAUGAUAAACUAGUGGAA